AUGGCUUAGCUUCUUUAUUUUUCAUUUUAAGAAUAAAUCCGAUAUGUUUGGUGUUCUGAAGAUUCGACAAAAUGGGUAAAUUACAUUUUGGAGUAUAAAUAUUGGUUGAAAAUAGAUUUUUCACAUUAAUGAAAUAUACAAAAAAUACAAGCUUCACUAUAUAUUUAAUUGUAUUUUACUUAUGUGUUGGAAUAGUGUAAAUUACUGUGAUUUUGAUUGUUACUUUAGCAGUUCUAGAAUAUAAUCAUACAGCAACAUCGAUUCCUAUAUAAAUAUUAAGAGUAACUUUGGCAAUAUUAAUGACAAUAGGAUUUGAACCAAUUUCAAGAAUAUUAAUGGGAGUAAUAUAAAUUAUAAUUAUUUUAGUAUUUAGCAUGUAAACCAAAUGAUAAAGGCAUACUUAUGAUGAGAUAUAUAGAAGAUUAAUAAUGUUGGGUUAGUGAAUAUGAAUUGCAUGCAGUAAUUGCAAUAUUGACUUUUGCAGAAUAUUUAUUAGUUGUGUUGAUAUUUGCAUAAAUAUGUAUAGAAUCUAAAGAAGUUGAAUAAAGUGCAUUAGCAUAAAGACGAGGUUAGACAAUGCUUUAUUACUAUUUAUUUAUUAUUGUCUCUUUGGUGGCAUAUUCAACUAUGUAGGAACCUAAAUAUACUUUAAUAGUUAUCUUAUUUUAAUUGGUUACUUCAUAUACAUUAUUUUAUAGUGUUAAUAAGCAUACACCAUUUUAUAAUACAAAAAUUUAAAGAAUAUGGUCUAUAACAGCAGGAAUCAAUUUUUGGACUUAAUUUAUGUUACUAUAUGCUUAUGUAUUAGAAGGUAAAUUUUUAUAGAAAACAUUUAUAAUAUGGAUAUUUGGUGUACCAUUUAUAUUUGCAAUAUUGGCAAUGAAAGAAUUAUCUUAUGUAGAUUUAGUAACAGCUUGUAUGAAAUCAACAUAAAAUGGAAUUGAAACUGUUGAGAUUUGUACAUAUAUUUUAGCUUUAAAUACAUAAAGUGAGAUUAAUUAAAAGUCAUAGAUAUUAUUAGCAGGUUUUAUAGAAUUUCAUAAAUAAUCUUGUGAUAAACUUGAUUGUGUUUUAUUAUCUAAUCAUAAAAAGAAAAAUAAGACUGUAAAUGUUUUUAAAGAUAGAAAAUAAUAAAUAGUAUUAUUAGUAAAUUAAACUUAUUUGGAAGGUUUAGAAUAAUUUCCAGAAUGUGCAGAUCUUAAAAUAUCUUAUGCAUAUUUUUUAUUAGAUAAAAUGUAAUUAAAAUAAUAAGCACUUAAUUAAUUAAAUUUAGCUGAAAAUUGUGAUCCAAGUUUUGAUUAAUAAUUUUUUAUAUAUAGAUAUAAGAGAAUUAUAGAAGAAUAAAUAUAAAAGUAAUAAUAAUCAAAUAACAAUAAUAAAAAAAAACUUGAUAUAGUUACUGAAAAAAAUUUAAAAUCUGAAAUAAAAAAUAUUCAUUAUUUAAUUGAAGAUUCUUGUAUGGAAUAUUUAUAUUUUUGGUCAUAAUUAUAAGAAGAAGUUCCUAAUUUAAAAAUUUUACAUGAACAUGGACAAAAAAUAAUCAAAUCUGUAGAUAAAGUAGAAUAACAAUGGAAUAAAAUUUUAGAGAUUGAUCCUUAUGAAAUUAAUACUUAUAGAAUUUUAAGUAAAUAUUAUGAAAUGAUUGUACAUGAUGAAUAAAUAGCUUUAGAUUUAUUAUUAUAAAUGAUUAAGAAAUAGAAAUAUAAUACAAGAGGAAAUGAAUAUUUUGAAGAUCUUUCUAGUUCUGGAGAUCCUUUGAUUGUUAUGUCUGUAUCUGUAGGACAUCCAACUGUUAUUUUAAAUGUUAAUAAAGCAGCAUAUAGUUUAUUAGGUUUUUCAAAAACAGAUUUAAUAAAUCGUAAUAUAGAUGUUAUUCUACCAUCAAUGUAAAAUUAAAUAAUAUUAUUAUUAUUAGUUAUGUAGAUUAUCACCUUUAAUUAGUUGAUUUUAUUUUUGAUAAACAAUCUGUUGAUAUUAAUUAAAUUAAUUAAUUUUAAGAAAGACUUAUGAUGCUUAAAAAUAAAUAGAACUAUAUUAUUCCUUGUUAUUCAUAAUCAUAAAUUAUAAAUACUAUAAAUGGAUUUAUUAUGACAAGUAGAUUAAGAUAAGAUAUUCAUUAUAAACCAAAAUGUCAUAUCCUUAUAGAUAUUCAUGGUAGAAUAUUAAAUGUUUCAUCUUCAUGUAUGCAAAUUUUGAAAUUGGAUUAGAAAUUUCUUCAUUUAAAAGAAUUUAAUAUUUCUAAAUUCUUUCCUGAAUUAUUAUUAAAUAGGGAAGACUAUUUAAGUAAAUAAACAUUAAUACAUUUUUAACUUUAAUGUACUUCAUCAAGAGGAUCAUAAUCUAAAGAUGAUGCUGUAAAUUCAUUUGAUGAAGUUGAAGAUAAAAUAUUUAAUUGUUCUCUUUAUCUAGUAGAAACACCUUAUGCUAAUUAAAAUGAUGAUGUAUAUUAAGUAUAUGGUUAUGUGGUUAAAUUGGAAUAAUAUAAUAAUGAAAUUAUCAAUUAUCCUUUAUUAAUUAAAAAUAAAAAAAUAAAUAAAGUAUUUAAAUUUUAUGUUGCUACAAAAACUUAUUAAUGUAAUUAUUUAAUUUUAUUAUUUUUUUUUAGUAGAAAAUACAGAUCCUGAUUAUACUAAUAAUGAAUCAUUAAUUGAUAAAAGUAUUAUUUGGGAAGAACCUUAAAAAUUAUAUUUAUUUACUUAACAUAGUAAUACAAGUAGUAAAAAAUAAUAUUCAUAAUCCAAACAUUCAUUAUUAAAAUAAAGAGUAUAUGGAGUUGAUAUUAAAACUAUGAGAUAUUUUGAAAAUUAAAUUAUUGAAAUUGAAGAAGAUUUAAUGGAAGAAAGUGAAUUUAGUCAAAAAAAAUAAAAUGGAGAAGAUGAAAAUGAAUUAGAUAAAUAAACAAAAAUUGAAUAGAGAAGUUUAUAAAUUAAUUCAAGAAUUGCUUUAAUUAAAGUUAUCAAUAAUUCUAAAUUACCAUUAAUUAUGUUAAGACUAGCUAUAUGUAUCAGUUUAUUAUUUUUAUCUGUAUUAAUAAUCUCAAUCAUUAUGUUUAUAUUAAUUAAUCAAACUUAGGGAAAUAUUGUUUAAGCCUUAAAUUUAUUAAUUGCUAAUAAUCUUAGAUUAUGUAGUUUCAUUAAAAUGUAAUCCAAUCUUUAAGAUCUUAAAUUUACAAACUUUUAAAUAUUACCAUAUACUUAAGAAACUGUAUAAGGUCUUUUUGAAUCUAUUAACAGAUAAGAACUUGCAGCAGAAUUAAAUCUUACUAUGGAUUAUUAAAUUAUUUUAUAGAAUGAAGAAAUUAUUAUGAAUGGAGAUUAUAUUAAAUAUUAAAAUGCAUUUAAAACUACAAAAAUUACAAUGAGAUAAGUUACAGGAGAAUCCUAGAGUUUCUUAUUUGAAGAAGUGAUUUAAUAAUUAAUAUCAAAAGCAAUCUCAUUAAAUUCAAGUAAUUUAAAUACUUUUAAUGAUUUUAAUCAAGAUUAUUAUUAUUUCAAUGAGAAUUUAUUUAAUUCAGUUCUAUUAAAUUAACAUUUAGCUUAAGAUUAUUACUAUUAUAAUAUUAUUUAUUAGACUGAUCAAUUAGAUUAAUUAUAAAUCUAUUUUUCAUUAACACAAUUAUUUUUAAUAAUAUUCACAUACUUUAUAAUUUAGAUAUUUUUGAAUAAACAUUAAAAUUAUUUAAGAGAAAUCUUAUCUUUAUUUAUGGAAUUAGAUGAAAAAACUAUAAAAAUAUAUGUAAAAAAUGCUUAAGAUUUUUUAACUGCAAUGCGUUUAGCAGAUGAUAAAUAAUUAGAUGAAAUUGAAGAAGAAUAAGAAAUUGAACAAGAUCAUUUUGAUUUAUCUUCCUUUAAUAAAAAGAAAAAGAAAAAGCAAAAUUUUUCAACUAAAGAAAUUAAGAAGAAUAUUAUUUAUGUCUCUAUGAUCUUGAUAUGUUACGCUUUCUUUUUUAUUUAUAUUUUCAUAACCUCAAAUGUAAUUUAUCAUCUUAUUAUAUAGACAAUAAUUUCUUAAACUGAAUAAUUGACUCCCUUAUUAAACAUUACAUCAAUAGCAGCUUCCUAAUAUAGUUUAAUUGAUAAUAUAAUGAGAGAAGCUUUUUGGAACUAAUCCAAAGUUAUUUUGAAUUUAAACUCUUUCACAGCUUUAUCAUAUAUGCAAAAUGUAUUAUAUGAAAUGGAUGCAGAAUCACAUCAAUUAAAUCAAUAAAACUCAGCAAUAUUGGAUGAAGAAUAUAAAGAAGCUUUUAAUUAGAUUUAUAUUCUAAAUCCAUGUUUAAUUUUAGAUGAAGGUGAUAAUGAAUAAAGUGUUUGCUCAUAAUUUUAUAAUGAAAUUCUAUUAUAAGGAUUAUCUUUAGGAGUGACUAAAUUCUUAGAAAAUAUUAAAUAUUAUUUAUCUUUAUACAAGGCUUAUGACCCAUAAUAUUAGUAUACUAAUUUACCAUAUGAUCUAUCAAUAGAUCCCUAAUUAAAUUAUACUUAUAAUCUAUUAAAUUAAGAUGAUUUAAAUUCAAAUAGAAUUUUUUCAAAGGUGUACAUGAAACCUUUAUAGAUUCAUUUGACUAAUAUAUUACAAAGCUCAUUAAACAGACAUUUUGAAGAAUUAAAAUUAUAGUUUGUUUCAACAUUUCUAAGUUUUUUAUUAUUAUCUAUAGUAUUGUAUUUUUUGAUGUGGAUUCCUCGACUAUAAAAAAAUUAAAAAGAAAUUUUUCAAAAUAGAAUAAUGUUAUCAUUUAUUCCUAUAAAGAAAUUAGAUUAAAUAGAACCAAUAAAAAAUUAUAUCAAAAAAUAUCAAUAACAAGAAUGA